AUGGUAGUAAAAGAUAUUGAAUAUCCAGAAGUGAAGUUUGCAUCUAUGGUCAUCGGCUACAGAGUAUACCAUUUGAGCCAGAUGAAUAGCAUUCCUGAAGCUGCUAUCCACACAACUUACCAGAUGUUGAAAGAGAAUGUUGAUUAUGAUCUAGCAAAAGCCUCGAGAGCACAACUGAUGUUGAAUAUUGAAUCAAUCAACAAGGACAAGUAUGAAGACUCCAUUUGUUUUAUGGUUGAUAAAGAUACUUGUCAGAUGGAAGUUGCAGUUACAAGAACUUCAUGGGUCAUGUCUAUGGGGUAUGAGAUAGAGGCGAAUAUCUUGAAUAUUUAUGUUGGACAUCUUCUAUCUAAAUCGGUAGAUCCUAAUGUACCUAGGUUUGGCACAUUUAAGGAGAAAUCAAUACAGGUACAUGUUGAAUUACCCACACUGGAAAUAGCCAAAAAGGUCAGGAAAGAAGAGCAAUUUUCUAUUGCACAAGGUUUCACAAAGGAAAUGAUUGAUGAAGCUAGAACUAGAUUUGAAGAAAAGAAGGCAGGAACCUCUAAUGCACCCACCGAUAGACAAACUAGAAGUGCAAAUGUCAAGAAGGAGAAUCCCCCUCCUCCUCUAGAGAUACAAAUCGGGAGAAAAGAAAAACAAGAUGAGCCACAAGCACCUAAAGCUACAGGGAAAAAGAAGAAAGAACAAGCCCAAAGAUUUUCUAAAGCUACUAUAGAGGAAGAAGCAGAGGAAAUAGAAUCAAGAGGAAGCAAGAAAGAAUUAAGAGCAAGUGGCAAGAAAUCUAAAGUGGUUGGUGCACCUAUUGUUAAAAUAGUUAAAUCACAGUCAGUGCAAGUUGAGACUAAGGAGAUUUUGAAGAAUUUUUUAGGACUUGUAAAAGAGGAACCAGAGAUGAUAGAAACUUCUGAGGAAGAAGAUAUUCUUGAGGCACUGGUAAUUGAAGGUGAACUAUCGGAUAUAUUUGAAAUUGAUGAGAUAUUUACUCAAACAGUGAUAGAAUUGGAAGGUGAUGACACAUUUGUUCCUAUUGUCACAUCAAAAGAACCGAAAGAUGAAGAAAUGCAGAAAGAUACUCAAGAGAGUGUGCAAAUAGAUGUUGAGAAAACAACAAAGCCACUGGUAAAGGCACAAGAGAAGCAGAAAGAAGAAGCACAUGAGCAGAAAGUGACCUACCGGUCACUUACUUCAAAGAAGAUCAUUGAUGAUGAUGAAGAUGAUGACACAAUGUCUAUUCAAGGAUUGAUAAAUAUGGAUAUGUUGAGUCAAAAAGAAUUGAUGGAGAUUGCAUCGAUUGAUACUGAUAGUCUCACAACUCCCAUUGAGAAACUAGACCACUUGGUCACAUCUGCAGGAGAGCAAAUGAAAAUUCUUGGAGAGGGUGCUCUACACAAUGUAGAGACAGGAUAUGAAAAGAAAAUAAUUGAGAUGUUGACCAAGGCAAUUGACAAAGACAGAGAAGGUCUUACUGUGAACAUGGACCAAAUCAAAGAAGCAGUGAAGAAUGGAGGUAAAAUUAUGUCAACAAUUUGCAACUUUUCAUUGUUUCUUGAUGAUAUUGACAAGAAGAGAAAGGAAUCUCAGCAGGAGCUAAGGAUUUUGAGUGAAUCAUUUGAUCCCUUAAAUGAUUCAACUACAUUUUUUGGUAGAUUUGUUAUAGUAGUACAGCAUAAGCUUAAGGCAUAUGAGGCAGAACAGGUUAAGAGGACUACAUCACUGCAAGAGUUACAAACUCAUCUAGUCCCUAAGUUGCAAAUUUUGCAGAGGAUACAGAGAGAUAGAGGCAAUUUUGACUACACCUAA